UUAGAACAUUAAUAAGUGCAUUUUAGAACCAUAAAAAUGUUUUCAAGCUUAAAAACAUUAAAGUUUACUUUUAUCAAUUUUAACUCAUCAAGAAGGUUUUGUCAUGAGAUAACAGACGGAAUUCAGGUAUAUAGUUAUAGACACAAACAUAAAGUGCCAUUAGUUCUGAAAAAUCCCCUCUAUUCGUCUUGGUAUACAUGUGGUCCAACAGUAUAUGACAGUGCUCAUAUUGGACAUGCCUCUACAUAUGUUAGACUAGACAUAAUCCAGAGGAUAUUGAGGAAUCAUUUCAAUAUAAAUUUGGUAACAUGCAUGAACAUAACGAAUAUUGAUGAUAAAAUAAUCAAAAGAAGUCAUGAAACCGGCAAAAAUUGGAAGCUACUGGCUGAAGAAUAUGAAGCUGAAUUUUGGGAGGAUUUAAAUAAGUUGAAUGUACAACAUCCAGACAUUAAAUUAAGAGUUACAGACAAGAUUCCAGAGAUUUUAGAGUUUAUUGAAGAAAUCGAAAACAAGGAGUUUACAAAAAUCGGAACUGAUGGAUCAGUAUACUUUAAAACAACAUGCUAUCGUAAUUACGGUAAACUUCAUAAUGUCGUCUUAGAUGAUCCAUCUACAGCUGAAUUCGCGUUAUGGAAAGCUGCCAAAGAGAAUGAGCCUUAUUGGGAAUCAAAGUAUGGCAAAGGACGUCCAGGAUGGCAUAUUGAAUGCUCAACAUUAGCUAGUUUAAUUUUCGGAUCACAACUUGAUUUUCAUGCAGGUGGAAUCGACUUAAAAUUCCCACAUCAUGAAAAUGAGGAAGCUCAAAGUUGCGUUUAUCACAAUUGUGGCGAUUGGGUCCAAAACUGGAUACACACGGGUCAUUUGCAUUUAAAAGGACAAAGCGAAAAGAUGUCUAAAUCACUGAAAAACACAAUUUGCAUACAGGACUUAUUAAAAGAGUAUUCAAGUGAUCAGUUCCGAAUGGCAUGUCUAUUGUCACAUUAUCGAUCAUCUAUAGAAUUUGGUCCAGAGCUCAUGGACACUGCUGAUAAAAUUUUAAAAAGAUUAAACUCAUUUAAAUCAGACGUUAAAGCAUUUAUGAAUGGACUUAAAGUCGAUGGAUAUAUCGAUGAGGAAUUGUUGGGCAGUCAAUUUUUUGAAUGUAAGAAGAAUGUCGAUUUAGCAUUAAAAGAUGACUUCCAUACAGCGGUUUGUAUUGGUCACGUGUCUGAAUUAAUGAAAAUGACAAGUAAAAUGAUAAACAGCACAGACAAUCAUUUGAGCUCGAAUUCGCCAGCAUUUGAUAAAGUCUUACUUCAAUCUGUCCUAAAUUACAUCGAUAAACUAUUCAGCACAUUUGGCAUUAGUGAAAGUAAUUCAUCAAAAGAGACAUGCGAUAAAGUCCAUAUUGAGAAUGUGAUUGAUUCAAUCAUAAAAGUACGAAAUGACAUCCGAAUUAGAGCUAAAGAGUCGAAAAAUAAGGAAAUGUUUAUAAUUUGUGAUGAGAUUAGAAGUAAAAUGAAAGAGAAUCAAAUAGAAAUUAAAGACCACGGAAACUUAUCUUCGUGGACAAAAAUUAAAUAGCCAAACAAAUAAAACAGCAUACA